GUGUCAGGAAGCCUCCUCAGCAACAAGUGCCUGGAAGGGUCCUCACAGAGCAGUGCGUUCAAGCCAACCCGGCCUUACUGUCUUGUAAUUUCAAGAACAUUACGAAAUAUUAGGUUAAACACUUAACUAGAGGCAGGAUAAACUCUGGGCUACAUCUUUUUUACGCACAAAAAAAUCCCCAAAUUUUUUUUGAAGAAAGGAUGGAGCUGUCGGAUAUUCCGUUCCCCAUCCCAUCGGCUGAUGAUUUCUAUGACGACCCCUGCUUUAACACCAGCGACAUGCACUUCUUCGAAGACCUGGACCCCAGGCUAGUGCACGUGAGCUUGCUUAAGUCGGAUGAACACAACCACAUGGAGGAUGAACAUAUCCGGGCGCCGAGCGGGCACCACCAAGCGGGCAGGUGUCUCCUGUGGGCGUGUAAAGCAUGCAAGAGGAAAACCACCAACGCGGACAGGCGCAAAGCCGCAACUAUGAGAGAGAGGAGACGCCUGAGCAAGGUCAACGACGCUUUUGAAACCCUGAAGAGGUGCACGUCUACUAACCCUAACCAGAGGCUGCCCAAGGUGGAGAUCCUGAGAAACGCCAUCAGUUACAUCGAGUCUCUCCAAGCCUUACUCAGAAGUCAAGAGGAGAACUACUACCCGGUUCUGGAGCAAUACAGCGGAGAUUCAGACGCCUCCAGUCCCAGGUCCAACUGCUCAGAUGGCAUGAUGGAUUUUAAUGGCCCUGCUCGACCGUCCGGAAGACGAAACAGCUAUGACACCACGUACUUCAACGAAACUCCAAAUGGAGAUGUGAGGAGUAAUAAGAACCCAGUGGUGUCGAGUUUGGACUGUCUGUCCAGCAUCGUGGAGCGGAUCUCCACUGAGUCUCCCGCCGCCUCCUCGCUCCCUGCGGCUGAGCUGUGUGACGGGGUCACCGGCUCUCCACCCGAGACAAGCGUGCCUUCUCCAAAUAACACCUGCAGCCCGUCCGGCCCGACCCACGACCCCAUCUAUCAGGUGCUCUGAAUGGAAAGGAGGAAACAGCCAUGCAUACAUCCACAACAUUUCAGAGAACGCGAGAGACAAUGUAAAUUAAUGAGGACUACUACUCCUGUCAUGAACUGAGAAAAAAAUACAAACUACCACCAAACUGUUAAAGACGUUGGAGAACAGAAGAAAAAUCCUUUAGAUGUUCUUUCUUUCUUUCUUUCUUUCUUUCUUUCUUUCUUUCUAGAAAAUUGUCAAAUUCCAUUAUGAUCGUGGCUCUACAGAAGUCAGUUUCUUAACUCAGCUUAUUUAUAUAAUAAUGUCAGUGUUGCCAUAUGUGACCAUAUUUUUCCCUUUCUUUCGUUCUUUCGUUCUUUCUUUCUUUCUUUCUUUCUUUCUUUCUUUCUUUCUUUCUUUCUUUCUUUCUUUUUGAGACUACUUUCUGUCACUUUCAUCUUUUAUUAUUUCCUAAUUAUUUACAGAGAAUAACCACUGCAGAUAUGAAAAUUAGAGGACCAUUUUUUUGUACAUGUGUAUAUAAGAGCUGUUUUGUUAAAAAAAACAAACAAACAUACAAACAAACAAACAAAAAAAAAAACACGGAGAAACGAACAAACAUAAUUGUGUAUUUAAUUUUGCCUGUUUGAGACGUUUGUUGUGUCCAGCGUUAAACUUUAUAUUUAUACAUCUUCAACGAGUGAAUGUCAAAUAAAUAAAGAUAUGGAUUAUUUAUACACAGAAA